CUCCCUACAGAGACAGGAGAGCAGGGAGGUGUUGGUAGGAAUGUUGUUCCUGGUCUUUCCCUUCAUUCCUGCCAGUAACCUUUUCUUCAGGGUGGGAUUUGUUGUGGCCGAGAGGGUCCUCUAUAUGCCAAGUAUGGGCUACUGCAUCUUGGUGGCUCACGGCCUGGGUCGGCUGUGCUCGGUGGUGGGCCGCUGGGGCACCACGGUCCUUAGCGUCUCCAUGCUGCUGCUGCUCCUGCUCUUCUCCUGGAAGACUGUCCAGCAGAACCAUGUCUGGCUCUCCAGGGAGGCCCUCUUCCGCUCUGGUAUCCAGACUCUGCCUCACAAUGCCAAAGUCCACUACAACUACGCCAACUUCCUGAAAGACAACGGCCGGCACCACGAGGCCAUUCACCACUACACCACGGCCCUCAGGGUUCAGGGAGGGCAUUCCACAGAGCGUGGGCGGCGCAACGCCCUAUCUCCCAUGGUCCUGAGUCUGGUUCUGGGUAUGUGGAGGAGGUUUGAGUGA